GCGGCGGCGUCGAGCGUGCGCGCCAUGGCCGAAUCGGGAGCUUCGCGAUGAGGUAACCCGGGAUUUCGUCGCUGCAGCGGCUGCCAGCAUUGGGGAAUUCCUGGAACCAAUUUUUCUUUGCAAGCCGCAAGCUCGUAGCUUCAUUUUGAGUAGCUGAAUUUAGCCAUGGAAAAUCACUGCACAGGUCUCGACAACAAGAAGAAACUGGACGUGCUAAAGAAAGACAAGUCGCUACGUGACACGAGAAUGGACCCCGAAGAGCUCAUCGACGCCGACGCGAGAGUUCCGAAUGGGUUGCAUUUGAAACACGGGAAUGGGAUCGUGGACAAGCAGGGAAGUCCUCAGCUGGUUGCACGGGUUUACAGCAGGAAACGAGCGCGAGAUUCUCUAGUGGAUGGUGGCUCGAAAAAGUCAAAGCAAAAGGUCGAGGAGAGGGUGAACCACAUUCUUGGGAAGACUGCGGAUGUAAUUCUGGUGCUGGCCGGGCUAUCACAGAUGCGAGGUGGUAAGCCGCCAACGGAGAUAGAAAUGCAACUGGCGAAUGACGCAGAAACUAAUUUAAGCGCCUUGGUUGCGAGGAUAUCACCAAGCAGUCUCCUGCCAAAGCAGUCACUCGACAGCAUGAUAUCAACAAUGGGAUACCGGAAAACUGUCGAAGGGAGCAUUGAGCCGGCUCCGCGGCCUCAAGAGGAUGCGAAAGUAAAAGUUGAAGGCGAAGAUUCGGAUUCGGACGAUGACAGCUCCGAGGAUGAUGGAAAUCAGCUUCAAUCAGCUUGGGAUCCAUUUAAUGCAGCUCUCCUGACUUCCCCGAAUGCUCUCUCGCUCGACGAUGACGCGGAUGCCGACUUGAAACAAUCUGACGACUACGACGAGAUUGACGAGCAAGCACAGAUGAUUAGACACAAACAGCUUGUGACGCUGGUCCAACAGCUAAAGGCCGAGAGCUAUGUACCCCAGCAGAUGUGCGAUGUCAGCAACGCCUACAUGAUGACGCUGGUACCGUGCGAUCUCUGCCAGUGCAUUGUGAGGGACACAGCGAGUGUGGUGGUCUGCGAUGGCUGCGAGAAAGCUUUCCACUACAAGUGCGUACCAUUUUGGGAGUAUCCAAAAGGCGACUGGUCCUGUCCAAAGUGCAACGGAGUGAAGCCGAGAUAUGGACCCGUGAAGAAAGGCUCUGGGACGCCAAACAAAAUGCCAAUCAGGAAACCCGAAACUAAGCCUACGACUCCUCAGCAAACAGGAGCUACGUCGGCUAAUGGUCCGAGUGACGCAACCAAGCAGCCGCAGCAGCAGAAGGCUCCAUCGCAGGAAGUUAUUGAGGCCAUGGAAAAGCUGAAAGCUCAAGCUCAAGCCGCCCAGGUACAGGCUCAAGAAGCUCAAGCCGAAGCUCAGCAAGUAACGCCCCCAGCUCCGUCUCCGGCCGAAAACGCUGCGACUACAACCCAGCCCGACAACUCGGGCGGCCAAGUUUGCCUUCACGUCGAUUGGGUUGGAGCUCCUACCAAGGUGGUGGACAAGCGAGUCUACUAUAGCUCCUGCUGCGUUGGAGGCUGGACGUACAAGAUAAAAGACUGCGCGCUGUUUCGUCCAGAGUCGCCCGAGAUCCCACCUUACAUUGCAAGGCUUCAGACUCUGUGGGAGGAUCUCGAGUCUGGCGCAAAGUGGGUUCGCGUCAAUUGGUGCUACUAUCCAAACGACAUGCCAGCGAUUGCGGGUCGACCAGAUGACGCUGAGGCUGGCGAGGUGUAUGAAUCAAACCAUUGCGAUAACAAUUUGGUUGGAUCGAUACAAGGUCCUUGCCAGGUGCUGGUUCCCCAAAAGUACGCGGAGGAGACGGCCAGGCGCCAGAACCUCUUCCCGGCUGGUGCCGCUGACGAGCUCCCUCCAAUCUUCCUUUGCAGGUACACUUAUAAUGCUCAGAAGGGAGUGUUCCAGAAAGUCAAUUGGAUCGUAGAGUGAGAGCGAAUGUCGUGCCACGAUUUCUUCUUUUGUAUGGCCACCUCUUUUUUGUAGUGGGGUGGAGAUAUACUUCCCAACGAAAUAUAAACAAAUCGCUGAUGUUUAGAAGCU